AUGGCCGGCAACAACGACAUCGCCGCCGCCCAGGGCAACAACGACCGCCCUAGAAUCCGAAUUAAGCUUCUACCUCGCGGCUCUCGAUCAUCAUCCGCAUCAAGCUCAAAGUCGCCCACCGAAGACGAUCAAAAGGUCCUUGAGACCGCUGCUGUUUUGGCGGCCAUGAAGCACCAAACGAUUCCGGAGGAAAGCUCCCUGACUGUUUCUCCGGUCAGCGCAAACAACUGUUCUUCUUCCCCCGAGCAGAAGCCCUCCAAGAACCCUUCUCCAAACAACUUUUCCGACAAGAAGAAGAAGAAGCCUGCCGCGACCGCCAAGACCAAAACCUCCAAGAGGCGUAACAGCGACAUGUCUGACAACUGGCCCCCAUGCCCCAUCACCAACCCCGAUCCCUCUGGCAUCGCCCUCUGGCGCCAGGGAUGCGAGGCCGUCCAGCGCCCCGACGGCUCCGUUGACGGCCUCGAUGUCGUCAACUGGAUGAUGACCCGACGUGGCGGUGUCGCCAACCCCUGGCCUCGCCUUGAAGAAAACCGGGCCGCCGUCAGAGCCAUGGGACGCCAGCGAAUCGAUCCCCUCAAGAUUCUCCAGCAGCAGGAAGAAGAAGCCGAGAUCGCUAGACUCAAGGAGGAGCGCCGCCAGGCCAACAAGCGUCGAUACCGCCCACGAGGCCAGAUUGCCAAGGAGAAGGCCGAACGUGCUGCCGCUGCCGCCAAGAAGGCCAAGGAGGAUGCCCAAGAGCAGGCUCAAGAGGAGACCUCUGGUGCCAACAAGCGACCUCUGAACGACGAGACCGAGGCCGACAACGAGGAGCCUCAGGCGAAGAAGACGAAGCUCGAUGUCGCCGCCUAG